CUCCUCAGAGGGCAGGAGCCGGGCCGAGGCAGACACAGCCGCCGCCGCCUCGCGCUGGGCCCAUUCAUUUUUCAUGAGCUCCCCGUAGCUCUGCAGAGAGCAGCGAGCGGCGCUGGCCGGACAGCGGGGGGAGGGGGGAGGCCCAGGCCCUGCUCCGACCGCCAGCGCUCUGCCCCUCGGCGCCCCCCUCCCUCCCGGGCAUGAGGACACUGUCCCGUGCCCCCCAAGCCCCCGGGACGGGGAGGCCUCCCCAUGCCUCUGGUGAUGGAGAUGGAGUCGAGCCCAGACAAUAACAGCUGGCUGGAAGAUCAGUGGGAACGCUGGCUCACCCAUGACAUCAGUCUAGAGGAGUUUGAGGAUGAGGACCUCUCGGAGAUCACGGAUGAAUGCGGCAUCAGCCUGCACUGCAAGGACGCCCUGGCCUUACGGCCUCAGCGCGGUGGACUCGUGCCGGGAGGCGGAGGCUGCGGGGGAGCGGGCAGCCGGCUGCAGGCCGAGAUGCUGCAGAUGGACCUGAUCGACGCGGCCGGGGACACGCCCGGAGCCGAGGAGGAGGAGGACGAAGACGAGGACGAGGAAGAAGACGAGGAGGAAGAGCGGCGAGGGCGUCCCCGGGGCCCCCGGCAGCAGCAGCCGCCAGCGCCGCAGCCGCAGCCGCCGCAGCCGCAGCAUCGCGGGCCCGGGGGCGGCGGGGGCCCGGCGCCCGAGCCCGGCCAGGACACGGCGCCGCGAGGCCUCGGCGGGGACACCUACCGGCCCAAGCGGCCCACCACCCUCAACCUCUUCCCGCAGGUGCCGCGGACGCAGGACACCCUGAACAACAACUCCCUGGGCAAGAAACACAGCUGGCAGGAGCGAGUAUCCCGGUCAUCAUCUCCACUGAAGACAGGCGAGCAGACCCCUCCUCAUGAACAUGUGUGCUUGAGCGAUGAGCUCCCGGCCCAGAACAGCCCCGCCUCCACCAAGGACCGGGGCACGUCCACCGACAGCCCCUGCCGCAGAAGCACUGCCACCCAGAUGGCCCCUCCCGGCGGCGGCCCCCCGGCCUCCCGGCCUUCCGACAAGGCCCCGGCCCCCGCCGGAGGCCGGGCCCACGCGCACCGUGACCGCAUUCACUACCAGACCGACGUGCGGCUGGAGGCCACGGAGGAGAUCUACCUGACGCCGGUGCAGCGGCCCCCCGAGCCCCCCGAGGCCACCCCGGCCUUCCUCCCCCCCGCCGAGAGCCGCAUGUCAGUGAGCUCGGACCCCGACCCCGCCGGCUACCCGCCGGCCCCCGGCCGGCCCCACCCGUCCAUCAGCGAGGAGGAGGAGGAGGGCUUUGACUGCCUGUCUUCCCCCGAGAGGGGCGAGCCCCCCGGCGGCGGCUGGCAGGACGGCCGGGCCGAGCCGCCCCGGGCCUCGCUGAGCUCGGACACCAGCGCCCUGUCCUAUGACUCGGUCAAGUACACCCUGGUGGUGGACGAGCACGCGCAGCUGGAGCUGGUCAGCCUCCGGCAGUGCUACUCCGGCUACAGCGACGAGAGCGACUCGGCCACGGUCUACGACAACUGCGUGUCGUCCCCGUACGAGUCGGCCAUCGGGGAGGAGUACGAGGAGGCCGCGCGGCCGCGGCCGGCCGUCUGCCUCUCGGAGGACUCCUCCCCCGACGGCCCCGACGUGCACUUCUCCAAGAAGUUCCUCAACGUCUUCAUGAGCGGCCGCUCCCGCUCCUCCAGCGCCGAAUCUUUCGGGUUGUUCUCCUGCACCAUCAACGGGGAGGAGCAGGAGCAGACGCAUAGGGCCGUGUUCAGGUUUGUGCCCCGCCAUGAGGACGAGCUGGAGCUGGAGGUGGACGACCCGCUCUUGGUGGAGCUGCAGGCCGACGACUACUGGUACGAGGCCUACAACAUGCGCACGGGCGCCCGCGGAGCCUUCCCUGCCUACUACGCCAUCGAGGUCACCAAGGAGCCCGAGGCCGUGACAGCCCUGGCCAAAAACAGUGACUGGGUGGACCAGUUCCGGGUGAAGUUCCUGGGGUCCGUCCAGGUCCCGUAUCACAAGGGCAACGACGUUCUCUGCGCUGCUAUGCAAAAGAUUGCCACCACCCGCCGGCUCACGGUGCACUUUAACCCGCCCUCCAGCUGUGUCCUUGAGAUCAAUGUUCGGGGAGUAAAGAUUGUGGUCAAGGCGGAGGACUCCCAAGAGCACAAGGGGAAUAAAUGUAGCCACUUCUUCCAACUGAAGAACAUCUCUUUCUGUGGAUACCACCCAAAGAACAACAAGUACUUCGGGUUCAUCACCAAGCACCCCGCUGACCAUCGGUUCGCCUGCCACGUCUUUGUGUCCGAGGAGUCCACUAAGGCUCUGGCCGAGUCUGUCGGGAGAGCGUUCCAGCAGUUCUACAAGCAGUUUGUGGAGUACACGUGCCCCACGGAGGACAUCUACCUGGAGUAGCAGCGCUGCCCCUGCCCCUGCCCCCGGUGUGCCCCGGGCUGCCCGCCCCGACUGGAGGAAGUGCCCGGACAGACGCGCCCCAUCCCUCUGCAGGAAGCCCUCCGGGGCAGGAUUGGGAGGGGGGAGGACUGGCCGAGGGGGGGACCGCGGGGAAGGGCGGGCUGCGGGGUCGGGGAGAGAAAUGCCGUUUAUUGUAAAAUACAGGAUUAGAUGAUUCUAUGAAUGCACAGGAGAUGCUGCUUCAGAAGGGGAGGGACGGGAGAGGGAGGAGCCCAGGGCCGACAGGCGAGGCCCCCCCUGCCCUCCGUACCCCCCGGCCUUCCCCCGGGAGCCCCUGCUGGCCCUCCCUGGUUCCCCGCUUCCCCUGCCUGGGCCUUGGCUAAUGGUUCCCUGCCUUUACCCGGCCAGUGCCACCUGUGCCCGCUGACCUCUGUACCCGUCCUUUGCUCAGGGCCUUGCUGGGCUUGCCCACUGAGGACUUUCUCCUUCAGAAACAGCGGCAGGUGCGGCGGGAGCCGCCUGCCCGAGGCCCACCGGGGCUCUCCCACUCCCUGGCAGGCAGGUCCCUUGACAGGGUUAGGGCAGCCGAGGCUCUGGGGGACUCAGGGAGCCCGGGCCCGGGGUGGCAGGAGGAUGGCAUCCCAGCCCCGGCUCUGGGCAGGGAGAAGGGGCCCCCGGGGCCUUUCUGCAGUUGCAUUCCGGCCUACCCAGCUCGUUCCCAACCGGCAACCACUAUUAAAGUGCCAUUUCCUGUA